ACAGAAUUGGGCUCUCCCCCUCUUCCUGCUCUGCCGUACGAAACCCCCACGAGAAAUGCUUCUCCGGGCGGCCGCCGCCGCCGUCGCCCACCGCCUCCUCGUCAUCCACCCUGUCCGCCGCAUAGCCUCCUUGAAGGUCCCGUGGCGCCGCGACGAAGCUCUCGACGCCUCAAUCAACCGCGACCGGCGCUUCCGCCUAGCGUCCCGCCUCGUCCGCGAGGUGCUCCUCUCCCCCGACCGCCGCCUCCUCCUCCGGUACCUCGCCAAGCGCCGGGAGCGCAUCCGCCUCCCGGUCCACGUCCAGACCUUCCUCCGCCGGUACCCCACCCUCCUCUCCGUCUCCGCUCCCCCCGACCCCGUCGCCUCCCCGUCCCCGCAGCUCCUCUCCUACCUCGAAUCCGCCUCCCGUCUCCAGGCCACGCACGCCCCGCUCCUCGCCUCCAGGCUCGCCAAGCUCCUCAUGAUCUCCUCCACGCGCGCCCUCCCGGUCGCCAAGAUCGCCGCCGCCAAGCGCGACUUCGGCCUCCCGGACGACUUCUUGGUCUCCCUGGUCCCGAGGUACCCCGAUCUCUUCCGCCUCGUUGGUGACCCUGGGCCCGACGCCUCCGGCAAUGCGUUCCUGGAGCUUGCUUCCUGGGACGACCGGCUCGCGAAAUCAGUGAUUGAAUCGAGGGCCGACCGGGAGGCCGAAGUUGUUGGCAUUCGGCCGAGACCCAAUUUUACAGUCAAGUUACCCAAGGGCUUCUACCUCAAGAAGGAGAUGAGGGAUUGGGUGAGGGAUUGGCUUGAGUUGCCGUAUGUGUCACCAUAUGCUGAUACGUUCGGGCUUAACCCGGCAUCACCGGAGGCAGAGAAGAGGUUGAUUGGGGUUUUACAUGAGGUGUUGUCACUGUCGGUGGAGAGGAGGAUGGCAGUGCCGAUUAUCGGGAAGUUUUGUGAGGAGUUUAAGCUCUCAAAUGCGUUCUCUAAUGCCUUCACAAGACACCCAGGCAUAUUCUACGUGUCACUCAAGGGUGGCAUCAAGACGGUUGUAUUGAGGGAGGCGUAUGAUGAAAAUGGGGUCCUUGUGGAUAGGGAUCCUAUGAUCGAGCUGAAGGAGAGGUUCAUGGCAAUCAUGGAUGAAGGGCAUAGGAAGUAUUUGGAGGAUUUGAGGAGGAAGAAUGAGAGGCUGCAGAAAGAGAGGGAAAAUGCAACUCGCAAGGGCACCAAUGCCGUUAAAAAUAUCGAGGAGGAAAGUAUGGAGGAAUCAGAGGAGGACGAGAGUAAAGAAUAUGAUUCUGCGCAAGUAGACUCAGAAGGAAGAAAGCUACUGUGAAUGGCUGUUGUGAUUGUCAUUAUGCUUCUAUGGUAGUGUGACCUGGAAAACAGUGGCCAAGGAUAGGAACGAUCUGUCAUGUUCUAAUGUGAUCAUUUGUCAGCUAGUCAGCUAGUAAAGAAGACACCUUAUUUGGCAGCUAAUAAAUAAUAUGAUGGGUUAAUCUUAGACCCUUUUGUUUCUCCAAAUGAGGCUGAAAUAUAGUUCUAUGAUGAUCGGAAUUUUCUUACGAGCCCUGUGCUCUAUUCAUCUGGUGGAUUGUGGAGCACAGUGAUGUCUUCUGUUUUUGGAACCGGUGCAGAUUCAGAUGCAAUGAUAUUCUGUGUAAGCUGACAACUGAAAACUUUCCUUUUUAAAGGAUAUCCGAAUAAGCAUCAUGCCACGCUCUAGAUAGUUCCACAGACAUAAUAAAACAUCUGAAAAUUUCAUUAAGUUUGCAUUAUGCCAUGCUCGGGAUGGCUCUUGAACUAUCAAAAGUUCUUACAGUGGAACUGUUUGCAGAAAUCGUAGGUAGGGAGUGUACGCCAGGUCUAAAACCAUAAGUAUUUGCAUGCAUUCUUUGGACGUAGUCAACUUUGUGUGAAAUCAUGUUACAGCGCUACAGCAAAAUGGAAGAGAUGGUGAAAACUGAAAAUUUAAAUGGCAGGUUCUCCUAUUUGCAAAGUAGAUCCGUCAAACCUGGAAGAGAUAUGCACCGUAGAAAACAACUUCAUUUUCCUGACUAAUACCAUGGUUGUGACCACCUCUUGCCCAAUAAUUUUUACCAUACACCAAUUUCUGGUAUGCUGAAAAAACAAUUUAUUAUGUAUUUGUCAGAUAACUCAGUAGUGCACAACCCAACCAGAGAGAGUACAGUCAUUUCUUCCAGCAGUUAUUGUUCUUGCCUAAUAAUACUGAAUGGAAACUGAUCUGAUAUUGGCAUCUAAUGUGAAAGUCGUGUUUUGUUAACAAACCAAAUAAAAAGUUGAAGUGGCUCAGUUUUGAUGUUUUUAUGUGGCCUCUUAUUUUAUCCAUACCAUAUGCAAAAAAUCUGCUCUACAAGGCAAGUACUCCCUCUGUUCCAUAAUUUUUGUUGUGGUUUUAUUUCAAAUUUGAUCUAAAACCAUGGCAAGAAUUAUGGAAUGGAGGGAGUAGAAUAUUUCUAAAAGCUUCUUACAUUGUUUCUAUUAUCAGGUAAAGUCUUGAUGGAUGUUUUCUGGGUCAAUAAAACCUGCUUAUGAGUCGUUAGGGUCAAGAGUACAAUGGAACCCCAGAAGUAAAUCAUUUUCUUAUUGGCAGUUCGACAUUCUAUUGAGCAAUCUGAGCUUGAGUAUCUUCCCAGUUCUAGCUAUUAGGCUCCACCACCACCUUUACUCUUUGAUUCAUGCUUCUGCAGAAUGGUCUAAUUAUGUAUUGCUAAGAAAAGGGUACUUUGUGUUCUGAAUUCUGAUACCGUAAAAAGGUUCCAAUUAAUCCAUGGGGUAUUGUAAUGUUGUUUGUUUGUCUGCUAAUAUCAUUACAGUGAAGAUUUGAUUUGAAUUAAAGUUACAUUUUGUUCUCUUCAGGUACACACUCAUACUCUUAUUAAGAUUCUGUAGGACACCCCUUGCAGAAAAAGAAGAUUAUGAAGAACACACUUGGAACUGUUAGUGAAGAUAACCACAACAUUUAUGUCUAAAUUUUUCUGACCUAUCAUCUGCAGGAUCUUGUGUCUUAUUCUUGUCUGCUCUUCCAUUGCCAAAGAAUACAUUUUUUGGCACCAUACAUCACUAGAUAUUGUAACCAAUACUAUUCGAACUAAAGGAUGCAGUAGUUAUAUGUUGCAUAUCAGGUUCAGAUUAUAUAAAAUCAUGACACCCUUCCAACUUUACCUUGUUCUCAGACAGACUUAGUGAUGAGACAACUUAUAUAUGAGUUCUCUUUGAUGGUGAGAUGCAUAUAUCCCAUUUCUAAAGCAGCACAAAGAUUAACAUGUAAUCUAAAUUUUCUCCCGGUCUACUUUGUUCAGUGGGAUUUUAGGGUGCUUUACCAGAACCUUCACAUUUUGAUCACCUCCCAAUCCAAUAUUCUUUCUGUCAGCUUCAUUUUUCAAACCUUGAGAACCAUGUGGUGAGAAGUUGGAUUCUAUUCACUUGAAGGCCCUCCCAGUUUGGCCUUUUAUCAGUGAACAUGGAUGAAAAGGUGAUGUCCUCGAACGUUCUCAAGGUUAACUGAAAUGAAGCUGAUAAAAAGAAAUAUGGAGGCCCAAUAAGCCACUCUCGUUCGAAGCAUCCACUAGAGAGACCAGGAGAACGACCACGCAAUGUGAUUCCCUGCCGCCGAGCCGCCGCCACCACUCUCUCGAUCGGCGCUCGGACCUCGACGCUAUCUACCGUCCGGCGGAUGCUGUCAGCCUAUCCGCCCGACGCUGCCCCCUUUCCAGGACUCCCUCAACACUUCUACAGGCUUGGGGAUGGCCGCCGCUCGGCCCUCAAGAAGAAGCGUACUUGGACUCGGCCGCUGCGGCGCUGGCCGCCGGCCGCCAGCCUUCCCUGGCUCUUCCCGCCGGCUGCCGCACCGCAGCAGGUCCACGUCCCGCCUCCGCUCCCUCCUCCCCAUUCUCUGUUUCUAUUUAUAUGUGCUAUAUACUGUGUGUUACUGUUAAGUGUUUAAAACUUUAAAUUACCCCUAUUCAGUUGUUCUUCUCAGAUUGGAAAGUUUAGUUUUAACAAUGCAUACAAUAAUGAAUCGAUGUCAGAGAAUGGGUGCUUGUUGUAUGUUACAGAAAUGCUAAGUACUGAAGAUAUUUUCAUCACUCA